CCCAGAAGGGAUUCUAGAGAGACGGAGGCCUUCUCUCUCUUCUUUAUAUUUGGGUUUGUGCCUAUUUGUUGAUAAUACUGGCAUUAGACUCGUCUAUGAACCUAUCCCUUGAGUUGGAUAUUGGCUUCCUCAUUUCAACUAUCCAAGACUGAGAGGAGAGAUACCACUUUGAGCAGGGUUUUUUUGGGUGUCAGAUCAUGUUUUUGGUGGUGAAAGCAGUGAAUCCUGAGAUGUGUUCUUGUUUUUUUGGGUUGAUAAAGCAACAACAAUCAUGAUCUGGAUUCUAAACCGUCCUGUUCCUGAUCUGGAACUCUCUUAGAUUCCCCUCUUUCUCUGACAUUCUUGUUGUUUUCCUUGGAAAGUGAUGGAAAAUUCACCAUACUGUGAAAUGUUUUGAGCGUUCUUUUAUUUUCUUUUUCAAUUUUUUUUUUGUCCGGAUUUGAUGGAAAACAAUCAAGAACAGAAGCACGAGUGCAAGGUCUGCAAGAAGAGGUUCUUCAGUGGAAGAUCCUUGGGAGGUCAUAUGAGGUGCCAUAUGGCGAUGAAUCCAGCUCCGAGGGAUGAGAAUCCCAUUGAAAGCGACAUAGGUUUUGAAGAUGGUGGUGAUGGUGAUGGCGGUGGUCAAACUGGUUAUGGCCUAAGAGAAAACCCCAAGAAGUCAUGGAGGCUUUCAGGAUCAAACCAGACUGCUCCAAAGCAAGAAGAAGAACAAGAACGAGAGCAAUACCAUAUCUGUAAAGUAUGUGGCAAAGGGUUUAACUCAUCCAGAGCUCUCUUUGGUCACAUGAGGCAUCACUCUAGGCAAGAAAAUCUCUGCAGAGAAUGUGGAAAAGGGUUUAGUUCAUUGAGAGCUUUGUCCGGUCAUAUGAGAUGCCAUUCUGAAAGAUUUCGGGCAGUCGAUGAAUCGAGGACUAGUUGCCAAUCCCAAGAUGAGACUUCCUGCCCCACCAGGAGGAAGCGAUCCCAGAGGUACAAGAUGACUUCAAAUCCUUCUUUCUCCAAUUUCAAUGAUUCUUCAUCUGUCACUCUGAGUGAGCCAGAACUAGAAGAAGGGGCUUUGUGUUUGAUGUUGCUGUCUAGGGCUGUGAGGAGUUGGGAAGAGUUUUAUUCUGUUUCUGAGUCUUCUGAUAACAAUUCUGUGAUUGCUGAAGCUAAAUCCUCUCAUCAAAAUACGCCAAUUAUAAAGGAUGAGGGUGAAAAUUUUGUUUCUGAUGGCCGUGAGACCUCAAAGAUGUUGAAAGAAAAAGAGAAGAUGUUAGAGUCUUGUGUUCUGGAAUCUGGGAAUGUUUUGUUUGAGAAGAAAACAACUGAAACUGGCAGUUCUGAUUCAGGGUUUGUAAGUCACCAUGAAACGAGGGUUGAAUUGGAAGUUUGUGCUGAUGAUGGCUUAAAGAAGAAAUUGGAUGUUGAAUCCCAAUAUGAGUUGUGUGAUAGUGAGAUUGAGAAGAAAUUUCAUAGUGAAAUCAAAAUCAAGACCACCGAUGUGGAAUUAGGUAAUAUUGAUCUGCUGACAAUUGGGUUGCAGGAGGCUAAUUCAGAAUAUGUGAAGCAUAAUUCAAGCAAGAGAGCCAAGUGUGAGCCUUCUGAACCUGAUUUGGAAGGAAAUUUCUGCAAUAAAAGGAGCCCCGCUGCUCAAAAUAAAAGAAUUUACAAGUGUAGCAUCUGCAGCAAGAUUUUCCAGUCCCAUCGGGUGCUUGGAGGCCACAGGAUGAGGUGCCUUGCAUCAAAAAGCAAGAGCUGUGGAAAAAGCAUCCAGACUAAUAAGAUUCUCCCUGAUGGCAAAGCUAAUUCCAAACUUGAAAAGCGUGAAUACAAUGAGAAUUCAAUUGGGCAGGAGGCAGCUAGAGUGAGUGGGAUGAACUGUGAGUUAAAGAGAAGUAAGGAUUAUGAGUGUGAGAUCUGCUUCAAGGUUUUUGCAUCUGGACAAGCUUUGGGUGGUCACAAGAGGGCACAUUAUGCUGGGAGCUCUGAAACCGGAGAGGAAGGGACCACACUUGUACAGCAAGAGCAUUCUGAUGUUUCUGACAUUUUUGAUCUUAAUCUCCCCAUUGCUCCUGAAGAAGGGGGGGCCAAUGAGCAUGUUGGGUUCAAGCCAUGGUGCUUUAGAGGAGGCCAUCAUGAGCAUGAGUCACUGGUGGGUGUAAUCUCUAACUGAGAAAAAUUGAUCCAAAUCCAUGAUCUCAGGUGAAGUUUCAGGAUUGUAAAGACAAUUUGGUGGAUUUUAUUACAGGUUCUAUGGAAUAACCCAUCUAGAGAUAAAGCUUCCCUUUGCUGGUUAUAGCUUUUAGGUUGCAGUUGUACUCAACUCACUGCAUUUACUUGUCUUUUGAUCCUGCAAAAAUCUCAAAUUUGAGACUUUGAAACUAUAAUUGAGAUUUUUUUUUUUUUUUUUUUUGGUCUUCUUUGUUGAUUAAUAUGAGCAGAGGAGCCAUAAUCUCUUUGUUGA